UGAAGGGCAUCUUAAUUUAGGCCUAUACCAUAAAAGCAAAUUUAAAGUUGAUUUAAACCUACGCGUUAACAAAUAUUGGCCUUGUAUUUACACUUUACUUUCGGCUUUACAUCUCAGUUUCAAAUUGAUCUCUGGUUGAGGGACUGAUCGUGAGCAUAGUGGUGUGUAACCCAGUGUUUUAUUUUGAAGAAAUCGAGGAUAUUCCAGUAUGGCACGUGGCAACGGAGAUGUUGAGGCGGUAAUCAGUGCUGCAAUGAUAUGUUGCGGCCUGGUCAUCGUCGUGAUCCUGGGACUGGGAUUGGGCAUUGCCAAGAUAGUCAUGGGUGCCGUACACUUGCAUGACUGUCCGCUGAAGAACAUGAUACCUGUUUGGCUGAUCGUGAGUGGUGUGGCCCCAGUCUUUUUUUGUUGCUCUGGAAGGUGCAACAUUGAUGAAUCGGGUGAGAAAAGCGGAGUUGGCUGCGCAAUGAUCCUCGGUAUCAUCAGGCUACUGUUCAACCUGGCUUGGCUUAUCUGUGGAACUGUCUGGAUUUAUCCGAACGUUGGAAAGAUGAACGCCGAUGAUUUCAUUCCAUGCACCAAGAACAUCACUACCGGAUGCACGAACGAUUGUCAUCGACCCCUGUUAAACUUCUCGGUCGCCAUGGUUACGAUGGACUGGAUCUUUUUUGUCCUCUGGUCUGUGUUAAUCGGUUGUACGAUACGCGCUGCAUGUGCCUUACGCAACAAAGAAGGCAACAGCAUACGUUCCUAGAUUAACACUUAACUUUGGUUUGUGUAAGUAUCUACAAAUAAUACUAGUUUAGUUAUGAAUUUUAUUUAACCAGGCCUAGAUGCUUAGAACAAACAACCAUACCUGUAUUAAAUAUACUUUGAUAUUCGAUGUAUCCCAUCAUGUUUAAUUUUUUUAAUUUUUUUAUUUUAUACAUACAUAAAUGAAAAUGGUUGAAAAAAAAACACACAAUUUAACACAUCAAAAGACGUCAUGAUAAUACAAAAAUAACGUCAAUUAUUAUGUCGUUUAUGUCAAGCAUUGCGUGUGUUAUACUAAAUAAUAAAUUGGGUUGAUGUUCGAACAUUUGUAACAACUUAAUAGGACAAAACAUG